AUGUCAACUUUGCCACUGCCCUUGCACUUCUUCCUCAGCGGGGUCACCCCUGCCAAGAAAGAAGAGCCGGCAGAGCGGGUUGCCCCGCCUGCCUCCGCAGAGGCGGCCGCAGAGCCAGCCGAGGAGGCAAAGCCUAAGGCCGAACCGGAGGCCGAGGCAAAAGAAGAGAGCUCUGGAAGCCCCAGCUCCGAAGCUGGGCAGGAGCAAACAGCCCCGGCGAAGGUGCUCCGGCAGCCAAAAGCACCGACGGUGAAGGCGCCGCCACCUCACUUGGGACCACCGCCUCCACUGAAGGAGGAACCCAAGGCCGCACAGCCAGGGCCAGCAGAGCCCGAGGCUGCGGUACCUCCCGCGCCUCGGGAGGAAGCUCCGGAGCAGGAGCAAGAGCCCACCUCGCCAGCCGACGAAGGUGAGGAAGAGGAGUCCGAAGAGGAGAGCUCCGAGGGCCAAGGACCGUGCCAGUUCCUGAACGGACUCAGGCACGCGGCUCGCAACAGGCCAGAGACCCCUUGGGAAGGCAACCCAAGGCUGGCAGAGCAGUACGGAGAAGCCCUGGUCUUGCUAGACGAGAUCAGCCAGGCUAUCUUCGACGCCUCAAGAGAUGAGCCAGCAGCCGGCUUAUCCGCCCCUGCAGGGCGACCCCGUGGUCGAGGCUCUGCGCGGGGAACGCAGCAGCUGCAGGCUGCGAUUGGCGAGUUGUCGGCCCAGAGACAACAGGGCCUAGCUGCAGCAGCCGCUACGGCGGCAGCCGCCACGGCGGCACCCGCCCCUGCGUCGCAGGCGAGCGGUGGAGGGCACUUGCUCAAGAGCAUGCGGCUCCCAACUUCCCUUAAGGGGAGAGACGACUGGGAGCGCUUUGCCUUUCAGGCAGAGUCUUACCUGGCGGUCGUGGACACCAGGUAUCCAGCAGAGCUGGAAAUAGCUCGAAAGUGCAAGGCGCCACUCCAAAUGGCAGCCAUGACCGAGGAAGUGCGGACCCUUAGCGUCCGCCUCUUCGGCAUGCUGGGCAGCUGGACCCAGGACUCCGCCACAGCUGUAAAGCUGGCGCGCGGAGUGAAGGGCCAAAAUGGGUUCGAGCUCUGGCGUCUCCUGUGGCAGGAGCACAACCCAGAGAACGAGUCCAAGAACCUCACCUGGAGGCGGACCCUGCUGAUGCCGAAGUUCCCGCCAAAGGAGAGUGACUUCUCCUUGGCUCUGCAGGAAUGGGAGGCAGAUGUGGACCGCUACGCCUCCGAGUAUGGCGCAGGGCGCGCCCUAGCAGACGAAGAUCUGCGGGCAGUGCUGGUGACCGAGAGCCCCACCGCUCUUCGGCAACACCUCGCUAUGCACGCGGCGAGUCUUUCGACUUAUGCCGAGGUGAGGGAAGUGGUGGUGAGCUACUUGCAAGCCAAAAGGGUCUGGACCCCGAGUGCGGGCUACGCCGCCUCCUCCCGAAGGGAUCCUAACGCCAUGGACAUUGGCAGAAUAGGGGACCGAGACGGGAAGGAUGGAAAAGGCAAAGGUGACAAAGGCAAAAAGGGGGACAAAGACCACAAGAAGGGCAAGGGCGACCACAACGACAAAGGCAAGAAAGGGGACAAAAAGGGGAACCAGCAAGGAGGCAGAGACGGCAAAGAGAGAUGCCCCAUCUGCUGGAAAACGGGGCACACCGUAAAAGAGUGCUGGUUCAACGCCAAAGGAAAAGGCAAAGGCACCAAGGGCCAGGUGGCCCAAGUGGCCGACGACGCGGCCACGACGGUGUCAACAGCUUCCUUGGCGACUGCGGGUCCCUCCGCGUCCCAAGUUGGGGGAAGCACCGGCGGCUCUGGCGGCAAAGGCCAGGUGCGCCAGGUGCGCGACGACCGCAUCUUAGGUGUGCGGUUUGCCCCGCCUCACGACACCGAGCCAGAGGAGGACAAAAUCCUCAAGGUGUCGGGGAGUCUUCUUGUGGACUCCGGGGCGUGUGUGUCCGUCUGCAGGCCCGAGGCGUUUCCCGACCUGCAGCCCGCGGGCCCACCAAAGAGCCUUUACUCGGUGGACAACAGCCGCCUGAAAACAAAGGGCCGUGUCCAGCCGAGCCUCCUCUUAGGGGAGGAGCGUCAGUCCUGCAAGGUCAACUUUGAGGUGACCGAGGACAUAGAGGAUGAAAUCCUCAGCAUCAGCCGUGCUGUUGAGGCCGGUGCGGGCAUUUGGCUCCACCGAGAGGACAGCCACAUUUUGUGGCCCGACGGCGUCCGAGCCUCGAUCCUCAAGAGAGGGUCACAGUUCCUCCUACCCUACGAGGGAGCUCCCGCCGGGGUCAACAAACCGGGUGGCACCGGCAAGGACCUGGGACACCACGAGUACAUCCCGGAGCACGACCUCGAAGCUCGAGAGGUAGAGGACGCGGCGAUGGAAGCAGCAGCCGACGAAGAGGCCGCAGCUGCUGAAGAGGAGGAGGCUGCGGGAAACCCCGCCCCUCUAGAGGAGCAGGCCGAGCAGCCUGACUCCAGGCCACGCGGCCUAAGGGCACCGCGCAACCCCACGGCGCAGGAACGCGCCGAGCACGAGCUCACUCACACGCCCUACCAGGCGUGGUGCGAGAAGUGCGUGGAGGGAAAGGCGCGCGAGGACCCUCACCGCCGCCGUGAGCCCUCGGAUGAUCCGGUGACGCCGCUUGUCACCAUGGAUUAUCAGUUCUACAGCCGGGACGGGAAAGAAGUUGAGGAAGAAGCGUCGCUUGCCACGGUGCUGAACCUCACAGACAGGGCCACUGGCUGGACUCUGUCAGUUCCCGUGGCGCACAAAGGGCACAGACACGCGGCUUACGCCGCAGGGCUUGUGGAGCAGUUCGUGGACCGCCUGGGGUACGACAAGUUCACCCUGCAGGCCGACCAAGAGAACGCUAUAGCCUCUGUGGCCCGUGCGGUCCACCGCCGGCUGGGAGCUGCUAGGGUGCGUCUUCGGGACGCCCCUCGCGGGUCACACCAAAGCCAAGGAUCCGUGGAGGGAAGGAACGCACACCUAGCAGGUGAAGUUCGCACUUGGCUUUCGCAGCUAAGAGCGGACUACCCCGCCUUAGAGUGGGACACUUCGUCCAACCUGUUCCCGUGGCUGGUCAGGCACGUGGCCUGGCUGCAAGCCCGGUUCGGGACCAAGUCGACGGACGGGGUGACACCAUAUCGGGCAGCCACUGGCACCGACUAUGGUGGAGCACUUUGCUCCUUUGGAGAAACCGUUCUAGCUAAGCUCCCGAGGCCCGGGAACAAAGCGCAGGUGCGCUGGGUCAAAGGGGUCUGGGCCGGCAAGCUGGAGCGCGACGACUCCCACGUGGUGCUAACCGAAGCGGGCGCACUCAACGUGAGGAGCGUCAGGCGACUCCCGCCGGAGACCCGACACCAGACGGCAGCCGUUCUUAAAGCGUGCGAAACGGAGCGGCUAGAACCGCCCGGUGAGCGCUGGCUCUUCAGCGACGGGCCGCGGCCCGACGACGAGGCCCUCUUAGUCGAAGGGGCCGAGCAGGCCAGCAGGCUCCCGGACGCCAGCCCUACCGAGGAGCUGGCCAACGCAGAAAUACCGGACUACGAGCCGUCCGACGUGGAGGCAGGACCUUCCGCAGCAAGCGCGCUGCCGCAACAAGCGGCAAGCCCCGCCCCAGCCGCCAACGACGGCUCAGGCGAAGGGGGGCAGAAGCGCGACUCUGCGGGUUCCUCCGCGAGCGCAGCGGCAGCACAGCAGCCGCCUGCAGCAAAGAGCCGGGUGGAGCCCAAAAAGGCACCGCGGCUAGGAGCGCUCACAGAGCGCGAGGUGUGGCAGCACAUCGCUGCCUUAGCCGACCCGCCGCUCACCAACCACAAGGGCGAGCGGGACGCGUGGGUUGAGCAGGUGACAGACCUGCUAGACCGGAUGCUCGACCCCAAGCAGGUCGAGCAGGCACGCAAGGAGCAGCUAAGAAAGCUGUGGGACCGAGGCGCUUUCACGCCCGUGCUGCGGUCUGAAGUACCGCGCGGGGCGCAACUGUUCAGGGCAAAGUGGGUCGACAAGUGCGACAAAGGGCGGUACAAGUCAAGGUGUACCUGUGCCGACGUCAAGGCCCGCUACAGCCCAGAACAGGAAGCUGGCUUGGACGUUUUCGUCCCAACGCCAACGCCCGAGAGUCACUCCCUACUUGAGGUAGCAGCGCUACACAACGAGGGGUGGGUCACAAGGUCUCUGGAUAUUGUGGCCGCCUUCCUCAUAGGGAGGGACCGCGGUGCGGCGGAAGGCCGCCCGGUCUACAUGCAUGCGCCUGUGGAGUGGCGCGAGCUCUUUGACCAAUGGGUCUUGGAGCAGCCUGCAAAGGACCAGCAGUGGUACCGAGACCACUUCCGGGACUUUGUGUUCCGAGUGGACGGCAACCUCUACGGCCGAAGAACGGCUGGUUCCGUCUACAGGGACGAGCUGGAAGAAGUCCUCACCGGCAAGCUGGCCAAGGACUACGACUUCCAGCGUGGCGUGAAGGACCCGUGCGUGUACCUAGACCGCCGGUCCGGCCUGAUCCUUCUCCACCAUGUCGACGACAUCCGUGUCGCAGGCCCCAAGGCCGCAGUGCUCAAGUUCACGGAGGUGGACCUCCCGACGCACUGUGAGAUAACGGUGGGAGAACUGGAAGAGCCGGGCACAGCGGUGGAGGUCCUGGGAAGGACCAAGGUGCGCACAGAGGACUCUAUCCUCACGCUGCCCGACAGCAAGCACGCAGAGAAUGUGUGCGAGCAGCUGGGCAUCGGUCCAAAAGACAAGGGGACCGUGCCUAGCAAACCUCUAGACCUGACCAAGGUCGAGGAGCUCUCUGCGGGUGACGCCGCGAGGUUCCGCAGCGCCGUGGGUAGCGCUAUCUACCUAUCGGCGGACAGGCGAGACAUACAGUUCGCCGUGAAAGAGCUGGCACGAAGGAUGCAGAACCCCAGGGUCUGCGACUGGCUCGCUGCGGAAACCCUCGCGCGAUACCUGCGGGCAACCCCGCGGUUUGGAAGGGUGGUUGUGCUGGACCCCACGUCCAAGAGCACAGCCCUUCUGAACUUGGAGGUCUACUCCGACUCCGACUGGGCAGGGUGCCCAGAAACGAGAAGGAGCACAGACAACAUAGUUGCCUGUCUCGGGGGAGCAGUCAUCCAGACAAGCUGCCAGACACAGCCUGGCCUCCCAGCCACCUCCAGCGGAGACGCGGAGAUCCGGGGAGUGUCAAGAGCAGCAAGGGAGGCUGUCUUCCUACGAGAGCUUGCGGAGAAGGACUUUGCCCUAGCCUGCGGCGUGCCGCGGCUCUGGGCAGACUCCGCAGCUUCGAUCGGAGCCGCCAAGCGAAUAGGCCCAGGGUCCAAGCUGAGACACCUGGAAGUCGCGGAAUUCUUUGUUCAAGGCGCGCUCAGAGCCAAACUUCUCGAACUGAGAAAAGUUAAGGGAACCGAAAACCCGGCAAACUUCGCUACCAAGCACGCGAAGACUGGACCGGAGGUGCGGCAAUCCCUGCCCUCCAUGGGCAUGGUGGACCUCGAUGCGGUCGCAGGCGCCACCGAGGCUCUGGCCCAAAAGGGCACGAUCAAGUCGAUCCAGGCUAGCCCCUGCAAGAUGAGACCGCCGACCAAGCUUGCAAGCUCGGCGCUCAUGGCCACAAUCGUGGCGCUGCAGGUUCGACCUGCUAAGGCCCAAGGGCACGACUUCGCAGAGCUGGUGCUCGGCUUCGCGGCCCUAGGCUUCCUGGCCUUCCUGUGGAUGCUUUGGGGUUUAGUCUCCUGGCUCUGCAGGUGCAGGCGUGACAGGCAGGAGCCGGAGCCCGAGGAAGAAAUCGAGCACCACGCCGAGCGUGCCGAAGAGCCGCCGCGUGCAGCCCGAAGGGCCACGGAGGUCUGGCUAGGGCCAGAAGCGCCGCAAGAGGCGCAAGAGGAAAGGAGGGAGCAACAGCCUAGGGGGGCUCAGGAGCCAGAACCUGAGGGUGAGCGGACUCCAGGUCCGCCCCCUGUGGCAGACGCACCACCACCACCACCGCCCGCUGCACCAAGAGUGCGGCGCAGGCGUAGGGGACCGGAACCCCUUUCGGGGGACGACGAGCAUCUCUACGAGACAGCCCGCGGUGACAAGAUCCAUCUUUUCACCAACUGCAAUGGGCUGAGCUCCGUCCCGCCGGAUCAAGUCCUGAUCGGCUUUCGCUGCCACUGUGCAGCAGAUCCUCAGAACUCCGAGUUCCUCUGGACCGGGUUCGCCUUUCAAGUGGCCACCGGCCGCGUUGUGCGCCGGUACCACGGCCAACAGCGAGGUUGCCCAUUCAUGGAAGGGGCAACAAUCAGACACAGGGUGUGUCUCCACUGCCGCAACGGGCACUUGCGGUAA